UAGUGGAGCGGGGCGGCAGCGGCGAGAGGUGGCGGCGGCCGCUCAGCACAGAACUCCACUUUCCCUGCCUCUCACAACAACAAUGGCGGUGUCAGCUGUCACCUGUGUGCUCCUGGCCCUGCUGGCCUGGCCCCCCAUCACCGCCUCCUCCUCCCUCGAGGUCCUGGCCGAGGACGAGCUCAGGCAACUGGCGGCUGACGAGCACUACGUGGUAGUCCUCUUCGGUGACAGCAGUGAGUGCACUGGAAGAUGUAAAGAGCUGGAGGGCACACUGGCAUUAAUAAGAGAAGAUAUCGUCGAGACGUUUAAUGCUUGGGUGGUGCGGACCCACUCUCCCUCUCUUGCUGAACAGUAUGGUCUGAACAACAAGAAAAUGGGUGCUGGUGUUGUUUUCAUUCGUAAUGGAAUCCCCUUGCUGUACAGUGGUCCUGCAGAUGAUGAUGAAUUCAUGUUGAAUUAUUUAAUUGCCAAUCCAGAGUCAACUGUCCACCAACUGAGUGAUGUUAACUUUGAGCAUUUGACACAAGCCUCAACUGGAGCCACAACUGGAGACUGGCUAGUGAUGUUCACACGCUCGGACUGCACCACUUGUACUCAGCUACGAGCCACUAUUGAGGCAGUUGGUGCCAAUUUGAAAAAUAAGAAAAAUGUUGCACUUAUUAAUCGUGAUAACGAUGGUGGCCAGACAACCCGAAGAUUUGGCGUGAAGAGUUUUCCUUCUUUCCUUCUGUUUAGACAGGGUCGUGUGUACCGGUACAACCUGCCUGGCGUGGACGUGGGUUCCCUAGCAGCAUUUGCUCAAGAAGGCUUCAGAAAUGCCCGGGCAGAAGAUAUUCCACAUCCAAAAACACCAUUCGAUGACUACACUGAAUGGUGUGCGGACUGGCUGCGGGAGAACCCAAGUGCUGUAUAUGCUAUUGGCAUUGUAUUUAUUGUUCUUAUAUUGUUGGUUAUAGUCACUUCACUGAGGUCAUCUAAAGCCUCCUCCAAAAAAGAGAGCAAAAAGAAAAAGUAACAUGUGUAAAACUUGGUCCUCUUUUAUAUACAUAUAUUUAUAUGUAUGUAGUAUGUAUGCAUGUGUGCAGUAUAUUUAUGUAUACAAAUGUCACACAAUUUGAACGUUGUACAUUUGAUGAGGAAUAUUUGACAAGUUUAUAUGUUUUUGAUAUUGAAUAUUGACAUUAUGGAUAGUUUUUUUUAUAAGAGUUUGAAUAGAUUGUGAGACCAUGUGAAGAUCUUGAUUAGUAAUAGUGUAUUGGAGACAUAAUCUUGACUCGGAAAUGUAUAAAAACCAAGAUUUUCAGGGCUUAAGUUUUUUUUAUUAGGUAGCCAUAUUGAUAAAAUAAAACCAAGUAUUCAUGGCAUUGCACUUCGUGUAACUUCAUAGUGAUUUCCUUACCAAUAGGCAUACAGUAUUUGUUUCUGAGAAUAGUGAGUAUAUACAUUAUUUUAUACAUCAUUUGCAUGUUUCAUUUGAGCAAUAUGGGCAUAUCUUUCUGUAUCAAGAAAUUUAUUGCAAAUACAUUGAACUUUCCAGUUGUAGUUGGUGCCAAGUAGUUUGUUGUAAUAUAGAACUAUAAAGUAUUCACAAAUGUUAAAAUUGUUUAAUUACAAAAAAAUUAAUGGGAUACUUUUGUGGAUGUGACAAUGCAAUUGGCUGUAAAAUAUAUAAGGAAUAUGCUGUAUUGACACCCAUGCACUUUUUUUUUUUUUUUUUUUCUCAACUAAUUCAAGAUGUAUCCUGAGUAGUGUGACUGACUUGCAUUGUGGAGGUUUCUGUUUUAAUCUUAAUGUAUCCUGUUGCCAAGGUCCCAUCCAGUUACUGAUAAGCUUUUGUGGUGCUUAACCCAACUGGCUGGAUAACACGCACAUCCUCAGCACCAUGCCAGUGGCUAUUGUGUGUACCUAAGUUUUCAUUUUGAAGUGAGGAGAAGAAUCUAAAAGAUUCUGGUAUAGUGUCUGUAAUUUCCAUUACAGGAAAUGGAUAUUUAAAAGCCUUCAAGCCUAGGGAAACUUUUUUUUUUUUUUCUACCUAGUUUAACAGGUGUGUUUUUUGCACAUUCCAGAGUAGGUGAUGGUUGUCUGUUGUAAAUUGCAGAAAAUAUAUUUUGUUAAAAUUA